AUAUUUGGGGAUCCUGAAGCUGCAGAUAUGGUAUUCACAAGUGGAGCAGACGUGUUAGUUGUGGGGCUAAAUGUCACACAUCAAGUCGUCAUGACAGAGGCGGAUCGUGACAAAUUGGGAAGAUCAGAUGGGAAAUUUGCCAAGUAUCUCUGCAAAAUUUUAGAUAUUUAUUUCUCCUACCACAGGUAUGCAUAUGAAACAAAAGGGGUUUACCUCCAUGAUCCAGCAACUGUGGUAGCGGCUGUCGAUCCCUCACUUUUCACGUACACAGAGGGCGUAGUUCGAGUCCAGACAACGGGCAUCUCAAGAGGACUCACAAUUUUGUACAACAAUAAGAAAAGGUUUGGUGAAGUGAGUGAAUGGUGUGAUAAACCCACCGUGAAGGUGGCGGUCACAGUGGAUGCCCCGGCCGUUUUGAAAUUGGUGAUGGACCGACUUAUCGACUCGUAGAGUAUAUAUAAAAGUUGCAA